AUGUCUGACCACUUUUCCUACGCUCCCGUCAGCCACGGCCCAGGCGGCUUUGACAAUUGCCUACCAGCCGAUGUCCUGGCCGACAGCGCUGGCUUUCUGCUGGAGAACGAUGUUUUCGGCACGAUCCCCGAUACCGUCGAGCAUUCUCUUGAUUCAGUCACGAUGCCAUCACAGCACCGGCCGCCCAGCUUUGGAGAUUUCUGGAACCUCGACAUGCUCGGGGAUAGUGCUAGCGCCCUAUCAAGCAACGACGUCUCAGCUGCGGUCCCUAGCACCCACGCUCGGUCUGACCCCAUCACCAUGACCACCGGAAACCCGGCGACGGGCACGACCUUGAGCGCUACCAGCUUCGCGCCGUCCAUCUCGGACUGGCAAGGCGUAACGCUGAUGCCCGAUGCCUCUUUCAACAUCUUCCCCGAAUGUGACAUGACCCGCGACAGGGAUCCCAUCUCCCCAUUCUACUUGCACCCACCGGAUCGCGAUAACGAUCGACUCCACGGCUGCACGGGACGCCCUCCUCGCAACACCUGUCAACUCGAUGCCCCCCUGGCACCAAAUACGGCCUCUGAGGACGUAUCCAAGCCAUUCGUCCCACACGCGAUCAGCACCAUGACCACAUCCCCUCGGGUCAAACCCUUUCCUUCCACGAGUCCAGUUCUGGAGAUGAACAUCACGCGAACAGACCCGCCUUGGUACACUGCGCCUCGGCAGCCCCCGUGUCCCGUACAACAGCCAUUUUCCUUGCCAUCGAGCAUCUCUGCGGACGGGGUAGCCACUAGAGAAGAUGAGAUGAGUCAACUCCACCCAAGAGUAAAACGACGACAGCCUCGUCGCACGUCCAAGGAGGAUCGUGUAGCACUCUGUGCCAGCCACCGAAAAAGAGAGCUUAGGGUUCGAAAACGAUUAAAUAUGGACUACACGAUACCGAAGCAACGCUCCGUGCACAUCGAGGCUAUCCGCAGAUUCCUGGACCAGCCAUCGGCCCAGAGCACCUGCGACUGUGGUGGAAGGCAGAUAACAAACCAGGUCUGGGGUGCGUUGGAAGAGCUCCGAAGCCAAUACCAGCAGCUGGAAACUUGGCGUGUCGCGUAUGAGGAUGCGUUGGAAAGUGGAUACUGA